CAUGGUGUCAGGCACUAGGCCAACAUGAUCAAAGCGUAUUUGGUCAAGGUGAACAUAUGCACAUAGUCUUAGUUUUGAGUAGAUUGCGUUUUAAGUUACGUACCACUCACUGCCUUAUACUUUCAGGACAGAAGGGUUCUCAGCUACCAGUCUCGUGGUUGGUUGAGGUUUAAACCACCUGCCGUUGGCGUAGUAAAUGAAUAUAGGAAGACUGAGUAUAUGUAUGACCAUGGUUCUAAUUCAAUGGUAUUCAUUCUCUCUAUUGUGGGCAUUGGCGCGGAACAGAUACAAAGUAUCAUGGUUUACCAACCUGAAAAAGGUGGCAACUACAAACUUGUACAUAACAUAUCUGCAUCAGCUGUUGAACUAAGUUCGUUUGUGCAUAAAUUGUAUGAUAUGAAAAUGUUAUUAAUAUGUGAACAUGGUGACAGUACACUAAAUUCAGCGAUGUUUUAUAAGUCAUUUGACAUAAUGACUGGCCAAAUAAGAAAAAUUAUGAUUCCCUGGGGUAACCCUUGUUCACAUAGUAGCGUAAAGUCUUUAGAACCCCUUUUAUUUAAUGACAAAAUCCUAAUCGGAUGUGUGAGUGGUGGGAGACGUAAGGGAUAUCACACAUUAUUUAACAUAACAUGGCAAAAUGGAACGGGGUCGCUUUCAGCUGGACCUAGUUGGAAUGAAAACUAUCACGAGCUUUUCAACAUUCCAGAUGGUAACAUAAUAGAGUUUAUCUCAUCGCCGAAAGGUUCGAUUUCUAUUCGUCCUUUCCUUCCAAUGGCGAACCAGGGCAGGUAUAUCUAUGUGCCACGAGGAUCGAGACUUUGCAAGAAAUUCUUUUUUGAGAAGCAAGCAAUCUAUCAACUCUUAUUCUAUGACAGAGAUAAUUUUCUGGUCCGAGAACAGGGUAUAAAAAUGUUCAGAAUCCGCUGUGUUCCACUGAAUCCUUGGACCAGAGAAUACUCCUUUGGACCGGAGAUAAAGGUUAACAUUAAGUAUGGACGUAUACCGGAUCCUGGUGGGUUCGAACAGUCGAUGGUGAUGGACAACACAGGCAAUUUGAUUUCUCCAAUUCCCGAGAAUGAAGUUAACGGCAGAAGGACAAAAAGGAGGACAUUUAAGUACUUUCUUUUUUUCAAGUCAGUUUAUUAGAAAAUACUAGGAAAUGAAGAAUUCGGCUCCGCCUGACCAAUUUUUAUUUUGUGAUGAAUUCCCCUGUCAUACUCUUACCACGACAGUCAUCCUUGGAUCAACAGCAGAAUAGAGACGAUUCUCUAAUAUACAGUCGAUGGAAACCAGACGACCACACAUUCACCACCUAUAGAGACCCAAGUCAUACAUUUCUACCCUCAAUGUAUUAACAUUGCUCAACUUCCAGACAACGCGCGUCGGCGGAGGCUAUGGAGGCUUGCUCUGGAAGUUCAGUACGCAAGUCAUGAAGUUCAGGAUUAUUUUGUUUCGCCGAUGCCCUGUAUUUGGCUACAUCACCGCAACCUCUUUUCCCAGGUCACUAUGCACUCCCCCACUUCCGGAGUUGUCGUUUAGAAUAUGAUCAAUUUUCGUAGCCUGCAGGGAGAACUUGGUCACCUUUUGCAGCCGGCAGGCAAAUUAAGCUGGGCAAAACUCGAUCAGCGUUCGCAGCCAGCAAAUAUGUCAUGCAGAACGUGAUCAGUUUUCGUCGUUAGCAGGCAACCUAUAUCGUGCGGUCAGUUUUUGCGGCAAGCAAAGUAUUUUUGCAGCGUCAGAAGGCAAAGAAUUAUCAGUGUCGUGCCACAUCCUGAGAUACAGAUUUUUGAUACUCCUACCUCGUGUACAAAAAUAUCGAGAAGCGGAGCAUAUUGAAAAUCACUAGUUAUGUCAGGAUGGUCGUGCCAAGGCAAGGAUGUUUUACCUCCUUUGUCGAUCAGAUCAGAACGUCAUCAAUUUUCUCAGUAAGCACAUGAAGGAGGUCGCCCAGUCGUGGAGAACAUCGAGCCAGUUUUUGCAGUCAGUUUGCAAAUCAUGCCGUGCAGAAUGUGAUUAGUUUUUGCAGGCACCGCAGCAAAAAAAAUUAUAUUCUGUCGAACACAACCACCAAGGUGGAAGUUUUGCAUGUCCUCUUCCACCCACCAUCCAAACGGUUCUUCCGUCUAUUGGGGACAAAUAGAACUACCCUGCACUGCAUGUGAAUAGCAACGGCGUCAACAAUCCUUUUGGUGACAGUGUUACUUUAUGUAAUGGCCUUAUUGACUGUGGCCACUGCCUAUAAUGGAAUCUAUGGACCGUGUUAGGCCGCGGGCGGGCAGCCAACCUACUGCGCAGACCAGAAAUAAGACGAGGCUAUAGAUUAAAAUAGCCUAUGCUUGCGUUGUAUAAGUGGUGUGUUCGUGACAAAAUUAUGUAUUUGAUAGGAAGUCCUUGUUUCGAUGAUGUCAAAAGUGGAUGUGUGACCAUCAAAUACUUCAACAACUGAGUAUCAGUCAUCGGCACUGCGCCCCAUAAGUACGAGCGCUCAAGAAAGCGCUUUGAGCGAAUGCCUCUCCCUGGACUGUCGUCGUCGAUUCGGAAAUACUGUACCAGGAAACCAGGAGUGAAAUACGCUCUUCUAACCACGGAGGAGGGAACUGACAUGAGAAACAAGAUGGCGUUGUGUGACUGGUGCAGACGAGAAUUCAGACUUGACAAUAUUGGCUUCGCGAAUGCCCACAGGUUCAUUUUUGUCUCAUCACAGUGGAACAUUCGGCUUGCUUACGUAAUCUACAGAAUAGUUCUGGCCUUGUACCUCUCCGCUUGGAUGACCUAUAGCCUGGUGACCUUUGGCCUCCCCGAGACUAACCAAUGGAAAUGGUUCAUCUACAUCGGGAACUGGUCAUUCUUGGUGUUCGUUGUUUAUGCCCUGAUGUCCGCAAUUAUGACGGUGUAUUACGAAGCAACACACAGAGCCAGAGAACAACAAUACGAAAUUGAAGCUGGGAAAGACCACAUGAUGGAGCAGUUUCUAGCAGACGUUGUUUUGCCCACCAAGGACGUGGCCUCCGUAGGCCUGUCACGAAAUUACAGGGCCUAUUCCACCGAAUCUCUUGAGCCGAUCAUUCCCGAUGAGGAGGAGACGGCCAACAUGUGUCAAAAGAUCUGCUGGGUGUUGUACAAUGUCGCGGCGAACAUUUGCUUUGUGGCAUCCAUUGCUUAUUGGGUACUCAUCUAUGACAAUUCACCGCUAGGUGGCGCUUUGAUACAGACCUACGUUAUCAAUUCUGUAUUAGUUGUCAUCGAUUUGUGUGUGUCCUACAUUUCCAUCCGGAUCGCGCAUGCUUGGAUGGGAAUGGCGUUCUGCGGAUUAUAUGUGGUGUUUUCGUGCGUAUAUUGGAUCCUAGGAGGAACAAAUGUCCAUGGACGACAUUUUAUCUACAAUGAGUUUGACUUCCAAGAUCUUCCUGGUGUAGCUGCAAUAUAUGUGUGCGCUGUAAUUGUUUUCUUUGUACCCGCUGUACAGUGUUUGCUCUAUGCUAUCUAUAGAUUUAGACUGCUGACACGGAAACGGUCUUCUAGGAACUAAAAUUCAAACCUUAAGAGUAAUCAACCAGGCUGGCUGGUUACUCUACAGGCACAGCUCACAGAAUUGAAGAAGUUGUGAGGUUGUGGAACCCAAAUCCACGACGUGAUGAACCGACCAGUUACGACCUUAUUUGCCAGUAUUCAAAUGGCUUUUGCCCAAUACCCCUCAUACAUAACGUACGUACGUACGUAACCGAUCGAAAUAUGUCUACACGAUUGAGUUCGUCCACCUUGGAGAAGAUGGAGACACCCCUGAGUUGCUUGAGCAUCUGGCAUACUUAUUCGAAGGAGAAGCAGGACGAGAACGUCCCGGCUGGUGGCUCUCUUAGUCCUGGCAUGUAUCAUUCAUUUGUCGUCAGGCUACAUCCAUGCUGCAUUCCUUUCCCACGAUGCCAUGCCAUUUCUCCUUACUUGUGCAUGAUGAUGCUGCAAAACUUUACUGUCGCGCAAAUGCAAAGGGGUUUAGUUACCGCCGGUCAAAUGCUUUUGGGAUCUGACACACGAGGGGAGGCGGUAACGGUUUUUUAAAAUUUUCUUCUUUGUGCAUGAAUAUUAAAAGUCAAUAAAUGCA